UAUUUACUAAAAUUAUGACGCACCUUCUUUACUUUGUUUACAUUUAGUUCAAUGUCGGAAAAUUUCACAAUUUUCCACAGAAAAUCUCCUUAAAAAUGGAAUUGCAGUGCCUUAAUGAAAUAGAUUGCAAACAAGGAGCCGUCCGGGCAGUCCGCUUCAAUGUUGACGGCUCAUAUUGUUUAACCUGCGGCUCCGACAAAAAAGUAAAGCUCUGGAAUCCUUACCGCAGUUUAGCGCUGAAAGUCUAUGGUGGUCAUGGCAAUGAGGUUCUGGAUGCAGCUGGAUCCUGUGACAGCAGUCAAAUCAUUUCCUGUUCGAGUGAUAAAUCAGUUAUUACUUGGGAUGUCUCCACUGGAGUACCUCUGAGGCGUUUACGGGGUCACGCAGCGACUGUAAAAUGCGUUAAAUAUAAUGAAGACUCCAGUGUGGCAGUUUCUGGUGGCUUGGAUAAUGCUGUCAUGGUUUGGGAUCUGAAGUCGAGAAGACAAGAUCCCAUUCAGGUUCUAUCAGAUGCCAAAGAUUGUGUUAACACUGUUCAUGUGACAGAAUUUGAGAUUAUUACUGGAUCCACAGAUUGUUCUAUCAGGAGAUAUGACAUGAGAAACAUGAAACUUGAAGCUGACUUCAUUGGAGCUCCGAUAUUAUCUGUUUGCUUAACAAACGACGGACAAUGUAUCCUGGUAGGAUGUGCAGAUAACACCGUCCGAUUAAUGGACAAAUCCUCCGGUGAAAUGCUCGGUGAAUACAACGGUCACAAAACCGACGACUUAAGUAUUGAAAGUGCGGUUAUGCACAGUGACAACCAUGUCAUUUCCGGUUCGAAAACCGGUGAGCUCUGGAUUUGGGACUUGGUUUCCGGCAAGGUUGCCAACCGCUACGAACACACCUUCGGUCGAGCUCUGCAUUCACUCCACGUCCAUCCCAAUAAAGAUGUCGUCCUGACUGCGUCUUCCAACAGUAUUAAACUAUGGGGAUCUAGUAAUGAUAUUGUCAAAGUACCCAGCGCUCCCAGUGAAUGAGCUUGUAAAUAACAAUUUGUUUAUGUUUAUAAAUAACAAUAAAUUAAGUCGAAGUCAAACACAA